AUGCAAAAUAUAUGGAUUUUCAUUUAUUUGAUUACAGUAACAUCGAUUCCAAUAAUAGAGUCCUUUGUGCCGAUUAGUAAUGAUCAACGUGAAAAUAAUUCUGAUGAUUUAGAACAAAUUCUAUCUGUACCGGAUUAUUCAUCUUCACGAUCGGAUUCUUUAUCGGCGGUAGAAAAGGAAAAUGCUCCUGAAUGUUUAUCGAAAAUUUCUCUUUCGGAAGCGUUUAAUCGUAAUCGACGAGCAUCAAUAUCUCGUCCUUAUUUUUAUCAUUGGCGAGCAGCUCGUGAAAAUAAUCGGCCAACCUCGAAAAAUGUACUGCCAUUUUCAUCUCGUUUAGGUAAACGAGCAUAUGAAGAUAAACAAAAACAGGAUAUCGUUAUUAAUAAACAACAAACUGAAAGAGAUAAUGAAUUCAAUGAUGUUCUUGCGUUCCUUCUUGGCUAUUUGACAGGAAAAAAUAUUGAUAUUACUUAUGAAGAUUCAACAAAAAUUUGUUUAACACAAUCUAUUGAUAAUGGCAUGAUACAAGAAAUUCUCGGUAAAUUCUAUAAUAGCCAAUGUCAACCAAAUAAAGAACUAACACAAGAACGACAAUUAACGGGAAAAGGUUCUGUUUGGUUUUGUUCUCGACUUGAUUAA